AUGGCCAUCGAAAACGCCCCAGCCAUUCCCCAAGAAGCUGAUGCCCCCAAGGCCGAGGUUCACGAUACCGUCGAUCACAACCCCUCACGCGAGGUCUCGAAGAAGCGGCAGAGUCUGUCGGAUCUGUUUACGAUCUUCGCCAGUGGCUUCGCUCUUAUCAGUGAUGGAUACCAAAACAACCUCAUGACUAUGACCAACGUCCUUCUCAAGAAGGAAUACCCCAAGGAGUACACCACGACUGUCAGUACGCGCGUAUCCAAUGCGUUGCUCGUGGGCGAAGUCAUUGGUCAGGUUGUUGUUGGUCUGACCUGCGACUACCUUGGCCGAAAAAUGGCCAUUGUUUUCACCACCCUCAUGAUUGUCAUUGGAGGCAUCCUGGCCACUGCCUCGCACGGUGUCACCAUUGACGGCAUGUUCUGGAUGAUGACCGUCGCUCGUGGGGUUGUCGGAUUCGGCGCUGGCGGCGAAUAUCCUGCCUCGUCGACAUCUGCUUCCGAGUCCGCCAACGACUUGACGCCUAAGCAUCGAGGUCCAGCUUUCAUCAUGGUGACCAACUUCCCCUUGUCCUUUGGUGGACCGUUCGCGGUGUCCAUAUUUUUGAUCGUUCUUUCGGCCUGUCACCAGUCGCACUACAGCACUGUUUGGCGAGUGUGCUUCGGUAUUGGAUGUAUUUGGCCGCUCUCCGUAUUCUACUUCCGAAUCCGCAUGCUCAAUUCCACUCUGUACCGUCGUGGUGCGAUCAAACGACGCGUUCCUUACAAGCUUGUCAUCCGGUAUUACUGGAAGACGCUGAUUGGAACAUGUGGUGCUUGGUUCCUCUACGACUUUGUCACGUUCCCCAACGGCGUCUUCUCAGGCACAAUCAUCUCGAAUGUAGUCCACAAUGGCACUAUCCGUCAGACAGGUGAAUGGCAACUCCUCCUCGGAGCUAUUGCUCUUCCUGGUGUCUUCCUCGGUGCGUUUCUCUGCGACCGCGUCGGUCGUAAGAAUAUCAUGAUGAUCGGUUUCAGCGGAUACCUCAUCUUCGGCCUCAUCAUCGGAUGCGCCUUUGACCGCAUUACCAAGAUCAUUCCGCUCUUCAUCGUCUUCUACGGCCUCAUGCAGAGCUCUGGCAACUUUGGCCCGGGAAAUAUGCUCGGUCUACUGUCCUCGGAGUCCUAUGCCACCGGCGUGCGUGGAACAUGCUACGGUCUUUCGGCUGCGGUUGGAAAAGCCGGGGCCGCAAUCGGAACCCAGGCAUUUCAGCCAAUUUCGAACAAUAUUGGGAAGAAGUGGACUUUUAUCAUUGCUGCAAUCUGUGGGGUGGUCGGCGUUCUGGUGACUUGGUUCUUUGUGCCGGAUCUUUCUGGAGAGGAUCUGCGUCUACGCGAUGAGCAAUUCCGAGCCUAUCUUGUGGCGCAUGGAUGGGAUGGAGCUAUGGGAGAGGAUGACCUCAAGGCCCAUGCGGACGAGGGAAUUCCCACGGAUACUAUGAUUACGGCUACCGCUGCGAAGGCAGUUUGA